UUGAAGCAAGUCGGAUACAUUGUGUCUAACACCACUUGGAGGAAAUCAUCGGAGACACUUGACGUGGCCUGCCAAACGAGAAGAUGCGGAAAUCUGGAAGUGCUCGCAAGCGGCCUGCCAGCGGUGUCCGCUGGGACGAACAGAAUUUACAAGAUAAUGAAGUUAUCAAGGCCACAAUUAGCAAGACCAAGAUAAAUGAGCCCAAAACUCCGUAUCAUGGGCCUCUCGGAGAAGAGCACAUGCAGGAGGUCGACGCGGGGCUGCUUCCCCUGGAGCUGGACGGCUGUGACAGCGGCCACCCAAGCGAUGCACGACAGCAUUCGCAGCAGGAACAGGGGCAGCGAUUGUAUGACAUGGACAAUGGCAACGGUCAACUGCCGCAGCAAGUGCUACCUGUUAUGACAGCAGCGAAAGUACACCACGUGACGACGCCGGCGGGGGACACCGUGCCAACCUCAUUGGAACAGUCGGCGCAAGGGGCAUCAGAGUCUCACUCCGUCGCGGGUACCGCUGUGGCGUCUGGGGCUGAUGCCGCUGUUCCCACUGCCCCUGUCUCAGCUAUGGAGGUUGACGGCGAGGAAGAAGAUGAUAGGGAGGGAGCUGCUGGACCCAUCGGCCAUGUGCCAACUUCCCAUGGCGCAUUGUCGUCCUCUGUCUCCGCCCCCAGGCUUCCUCCGCAGCAUCGUGACCCUUCCCCCGCGCUGCUUCUAGACUCCUCUGGUUCCUCUCACCAGCAACACCCCCAUUCGGGCUUACAUGCGCACUUCCAGGAGGGGUCCUACUCCCCUUCUCAUCAACCGGCAGCGACAGCGGUGGUGGAGGGGACCGCAGCACGGACGGCGGCAGCGGGGCCAGCUGUCGCACCCCAACCGCUGGAGGUACCGGACGUGGUUAGGUCAGGCUUCAGCUCGGAUUCAGAGCCGCGGGCGUCCUGGACGGGCGGCAGUGACGGGGAGGGAGUGGACGAGGAGGCGCACAGGCAGUUUGAGAAGCGGCGUAGGGCCCACUACAACAUGCGCGCGGCUCUGCAGCAGGCACGACUGUUACUGUCAUCUGAGGACGGGGAGGAUGAGGGCGAGGAGGAUGUGGAGGAGCAGGAGCAGCAGUGCGCCCCGAGCGGAGAGCAGGGCCAGGAGCAGGUGGAGAGCGGAAGCGGGGAGGUCGGGCAUGGGCGAGACGUGGACCUGCCAGACGUGAUGGCCGGCAACGACCGAGGGUGCAUUGGGUGCGCGAGCGGAGGCAGUGGCGGUGGCAUUGCAGCUGGCGAUGUGAGCGGCGGCCCCGGGAAUGCGGCCGGAAGUGCGCCGGAAGGGAAUGGUAGUGAUUGGGGUAGCGUGAUGGCUGAGUGAUAGCUGCGCAACAUGCACGGCAGGGGAUGGCUUGCGGCUUGGGAACUAUGGGCGGCUUCGGAGUCAGCAUGGGGAGGGGCGCGUGUUUGGCUGGAGGGGACGGGGUGCGGAACUUGCAUGUGGACGACGCAGGAGGAAAGCAGGAUUAAUGGUGCGGUAGCAGGCUGGGCAAGUGGGCUUGGUGAGAGUAGGUGCUGGGAGGCAGGCAUGUGUUACUGCGCAUUCGCAAGGGAUACAUGUCGGCGCGCAGCCGCCGCCCCGGGUUCCAAGUGGCAGGCGUUAAAGCAGGUGGACGGGUCAGGGGGAUCUCACACAGGAAGUCACGCAGGGGUUGGUCUGUGGUCAUCACGCAAACAGCGGGUUAUUGACUGUGCGACAAGAGAGGCGGAAAUGGGCACCAGGACUCCCAUCCAAAUGCCGUCUGUCGCUGGUUGCAGGCUAUAGAUUGCCAUGUCAGGCCGCGGGAAUAGGCUGCGCCAGGCUUCGUGUGCGGAUGCAGGUGUUUUAAGCCGAAUGAUCAACAACCGCAUUGAGGGAGGGGUGUUGCUUGGGUUCAGGUGUAGCGGGCGGCUGUAAUAGGCCCUAGAGUAGUACAUGGGCGGGCGUCGGAUCACAUGCAUGUGGAUGUCAGGCACAAGCAGAGAUGGAAUAAGGGCUUCAGAGCCAGAUGCAAUUUGAGGAGUCCGAAUGGAAUUGCGGGUUAGCGAUACAACCCGUGGGUCAGAGCCUGGUGAGUCGCGGGUAUUGCAGUUGCUUCCAGGUUGCCAUUGAUGACGGUCUUGCGAAGGAAGGGACAAUGCCUUGAAGACGGUCGCAAGGAGUGCACGAGCGUCUCGAUGCUAAGGCUGGUGAUAGAAAGUUGCAGCUAGAAGGGAAGGCAAGGAAGAAGUGGCGGCGUUGGUGAUAGUUUCUGCCACUUACUGAUGCAGGCACUCGCACAGUGGUUAACGCAGUUUCUGCCACUUACUGAUGCAGGCACUCGCACAGUGGUUAACGCACCAUGCUCUGCAGGUGCCGUGAUGUCCGGUUAAGACGAGGUCGCUGCUGGCAUACCCUUUACGAUGUCACGUGCUCAAACCUCGCCAUCCUUCAGGCGGUUGCCUUUCCGUGGCGGGGAAUGUCUCAUGGAAUGCCAAGAAGUCUUCAUUUUCUUGGCAACAUGUCUAAGAUAUGUAUGUCGCGUCGCGCACGCGGACAUCCACCCCAAAAAACGAUUGCAGUUUGCGGGGUAAGGGUAACCCAUUCGAGACGUGCGUCUUAAUGCCGCAGGUGGCAGUAAUCAACUUCCUUCGUUGCAGGAAAGUCGCUCUGCAUGCCGUCUGCAGCUUUCGGUGAAGCGGCUUAGUGUGAACGAGGGCAUCGCAGUGGUG